GAGGAGGAGUAGCUGGUGCAGUAACAACAUCCUGGAUAUUGGAGCCUGGCGGCGCACACGGCUGCAGAAAUAAAGGAGGACCCAAGACGUAAGGGAGGCGGCGGUGGUAGUCGCAAACGAUUCACAGACAUGAACGUGAACUUGGCAACUUUCUGGCACUAAUUGUGGAUUUAUAGUCUAUGGCGCCGAUUUAUCCCGAGGCACUGACAAGGUGAUGCAGCAGCGGCAGGACGGGAUCAGUCCGCUACACGGCUGCCAGCUGAAUGCCUUUACGUUACUGGAGGAAAAAGGCGCAGCACACGUCCAGCGCGGGCCUGCUUGAUCCUUUAUUAAAAUAAGACAGUAUGUAGAGAGGAUCAUCUAGCGGCUGGAAAACACCCGUGGUUUACUUUCAUUAUUGUAUCGGCUCUCCGGUUCAGAGUCGCUGCCACGGCAUCAAGCGGAUCAGGCCUGGGCUGAACCUCCGGGCGAGCUUCGCGAUAUUAUUUACCGUUCAAAGAGCACUAAUGAGACGGGAACUUUUAUCGUUAACACUGAUAACGAAAGCACACCUCGUGCUGUAACAUUGUGUUUACCAUCCGCUUGGCCAUAUUUCUUUACGUCUACAUAUAUUGUUUUCUUAUCAAACUGCUUUCCCCUGUCGAUAAGAGAUCAUUGUAUUGCUAUUUUAAGAUAAACAGUUCGCCUAACGGGAGGUUAGGGUGGACGUGAAGAUAACGACUCGACCCAACCCGUUCUGACCCAGAGAAGCUUUCGGAUCAAAGCGAGGAUCAUGUAUCAGAAUGAUGACAAGACCCUCACGAGCAAGUGGAAUCAGCUGUGAUCUACGGGACAACUCCAUUUCUAAGAGAUAAGCAGACAUUCGGCAGUAAAGCUCCACAAUGAGAUAAUAGUGCGGCUUACGCAAAAAACGACCUUGACCCUUAUCCCACCAUAUUUCAGUUCUUUAUUAAAAUAUGACCACGCCGGCUCUAUUGCCGCUAUCGGGACGUAGGAUACCUACCCUCUCGCCAGGUGCCUCCUCAUUCCCCCAUCACAGAGCCACCUUAAGGCUCUCAGAGAAGUUCAUCCUCCUCCUCAUCCUCAGUGCCUUCAUCACCUUGUGCUUCGGAGCGUUUUUUUUCCUCCCGGACAAUUCCAAACACAAGCGCUUUGACUUUGGUUUGGAGGACGUGUUGAUACCGCACAUCGAAUCAGAGAAGGAGUCGAGGCACAGCAGCAGACAGGUCAUACAUGGCGUGGGAGGUCAUGACGAGCAUCGGCACAGGGAAGAAGAGGAGAGCCUUCGUGACAAGAUCCGUGCAGAUCAUGAGCGUGCACUGCAGGAAGCGAAGGAAAAGCUCCGCAAAUCCAAAGAGGAGCUGAAGGCAGAGAUCCAGACAGAGAAGACCAAGGUAGCUGAGGACCUGAAGAAGAAAGAUGGACCCAAACCAUUGCCUCCAGUACCUAUGCCCAAACUGGUAGGGGUCAGUGACGGUGACCCUGGGGAUCCUGACACCAAGGAAAAGAGGGACAAAAUCAGAGAGAUGAUGAAACAUGCGUGGGACAGCUACAGGCAAUACGGCUGGGGCCACAACGAGCUCAAACCCAUCGCCAAGAAAGGACAUUCCACUAAUAUCUUCGGUAAUUCCCAGAUGGGGGCCACUAUAGUAGAUGCCCUGGAUACCCUUUACAUAAUGGGCCUUCUCGAUGAGUUCAAGGAUGGCCAGGAGUGGAUCGAGCAAAACUUGGAUUUCAGUGUGAAUGCAGAAGUAUCUGUCUUCGAGGUCAACAUCCGCUUCAUUGGAGGGCUUCUGGCUGCAUACUACCUCUCUGGACAGGAGGUUUUUAAGUUGAAGGCUGUCCAGCUGGCAGAAAAACUGCUUCCUGCCUUCAACACCCCAACAGGCAUCCCUUGGGCCAUGGUCAAUUUGAAGAGUGGAGUGGGGCGUAACUGGGGCUGGGCUUCAGCUGGAAGCAGUAUUCUGGCUGAAUUUGGGACACUGCACAUGGAGUUUGUGCACCUGACAUAUUUGACUGGAAACCCUGCCUACUAUCAGAAGGUGAUGCACAUACGGAAACUGUUGGCUAAGAUGGACAGACCCAACGGGCUUUACCCCAACUACCUGAACCCACGCACAGGACGCUGGGGCCAGCAUCACACCUCAGUAGGUGGACUGGGUGAUAGUUUCUAUGAGUACCUGUUGAAGGCCUGGAUAAUGUCUGAUAAAACGGACACAGAGGCACGCAAGACCUACGAUGAUGCCAUCGAGGCUAUCGAGCGCCACCUCAUCCGGAAGUCCAACGGUGGCCUUACUUUCAUCGGCGAGUGGAAAAACGGCCACUUGGAGCGUAAGAUGGGUCACCUGACUUGCUUUGCUGGGGGCAUGUUUGCCCUGGGGGCUGAUGGGUCGCCGGAUGAUAAAGCUGGACACUAUCUGCAGCUCGGAGCAGAGAUUGCACACACCUGCCAUGAAAGCUACGAUCGCACUGUGCUGAAGCUCGGUCCAGAGGCCUUUAAGUUCGACAGUGGGCUGGAGGCAGUGGCUGUGAGACAGAACGAGAAAUACUAUAUCCUGAGGCCUGAGGUCAUCGAGACGUACUGGUACAUGUGGAGAUUUACCCAUGAUCCCAAAUACAGGCAGUGGGGCUGGGAAGCUGCGCAGGCUAUAGAUAAAUACUGCAGAGUAAGCGGAGGAUUCUCUGGUGUUAAAGACGUCUACUCCUCCAACCCCACCUACGAUGAUGUCCAGCAAAGCUUCUUCCUGGCUGAAACGCUCAAGUAUCUCUAUCUACUUUUCUCCAGCGAUGAGCUGCUGCCUCUUGAGAGCUGGGUGUUUAACACCGAGGCCCAUCCUCUGCCCGUCCUGCACCUGGGCAACAUCACCCUGCCUGGCAGCGAGACCCAGCGGUAGAGCGGACUCACCCGGGGGGCGCUCUCCCCCUCGCUCGCCCCUUUUCUAAACACCUCCCUCCUUGUGAAAGACAGCAGCUGCCAGUGCAGAGGAGAAGAAUGAACUGUACCUCCCGGACUGUGAAUCAAGGGACUGCAGUGAACAGAAGGGACCAGAACAGACCCAUCUCUCUUUAUCUAUGUCUCUCUCAUAUAUUCUCUGAAGGACAGACUGCUGGAUUGAUCGUGUCUCUCUCUCUCUCUCUUAUGGCCGUUGGUCUGACAUGUCCGUACACACUGUACACGCAUUAGCGGACUAAAUGACCUUCUGAAAUAGUGGUGUGUUUUUCACUUGGGGAAGGAUUUUAACAAGUUCAUUCACUCGUUCUUUUUUUUCCUUCUCUCUCUUCAAUUUGGUGGCAUUUCAUAUCAUCAGCUCAGUGCUAAACCACUUAAAACGAUGGAUAUAUGGUUCUCUGACCAGACCGCCUCUUUCUGAGCUGGGCUCCUGGAGAUGCCAGAUGUUGGAUGUGACCUCCCGUGAAAUCUUUCUCCAGCCAAGGCUGAAUUUAGGCCAGAAGCACCCAGGAAUGUUCUUUUCUCCAGCAUUUCUCUUUAAACAGUCUCUCCGGUGUCUCUUUAAGGUUUUCGGGUAAAAAUGGACAAAUGCUGCUAUCGAACAGUUGCUGCCUGUGACACAGUCACCACCGUCAUUCCAGAAACCUGCGUUUUCUGCAUUGUUCCAAUCCCAUCUUUUUUUUUUUUCAUCCAUUGUGAAUGCCCGGAAUGUCAUUCAUACUGCAUUCUGAAAUAUGGAUGGGCUGAUGUUUAACUUUGCAGCACUUGAGUAACUGUAACUUGUGGGUAAAAGUCACAGUGCUUUAGAUGCUAAUGCUCAUGGCCAUCACCAUUUGUUUUCAUUUGUCGAUAGAUCAGACCAGAUUCUUUCAACAGUCACGAUUUACCACAAACUGUAGCCAACAAGGUAGAGAUUUAUAUAUAUGGGGUUUAGACUUGAUAAAAUACACUGUGUGCCCUUUACAAGACACCCAGAGUAAACAGAGCACAAAAAACUGCAAGGAUUUUGAAUAUAAUUUCAUAACAACUAAGCCUGUGACAUAUGAUGUUUUAGACCUGGGAAUACUCUUGAACUGAGGUCAAAGACUUCUUUUGGUCAUUCCGGUUUCUGGAUGUUUUUAUUAGUCAAAUGCAUACUUCUGAAUAUUUAAUGUGAAGUUUAACAUGACUUAUUCAGUCCCGGGCUGUAAACGCUCUGGAUGUCCCUGGACAUGUUUUCUGAAACACGGUGGUGGCAGAAAGGGAAACAGAUUUCUGAUAUCAGAUGAUUAAACAGCCUGCAGCCAACAUCAAAGUAUUUAGUUUGAUUCGAUUUGAUUUAUUUUGUUUAAUUGACCUUCAGUCAAUAUUGAUUCAGUCUCUUUGGAAGAUGUGCUCCUCUUCAUCCUCAGAACGUUUCAUGUAGUUGACCAGAGAUGGAAAAGCUAAUUAUUUGAUCAUCUUGGGUAAUGAAGAAACUGUGAGAAUCAGUCGGUCGAAAAGACUGGAGGAUCACUGAUGGGAUGCUGGGUGUCAUUGAUCAGCUUCCUUCUCUUUUUAUCCCAUAAUUUCAGUUCCUGUUUGUAAACCUCUGGUCCCUCUGGUCCCAGUCUGAGGGAGAUGUCCUCUCCUCCUCUCUAGAUGGCAGCAGCGCUGUCCGGCUGCUCCUGUGCGUCUCAUUUCUCUUUUCUUUUCUCCCAGUAACAUGACUUUGACUAAUGACCAAGCCAACACUCUUCCCUGUUGUUGCUGGGUGAGUUUUGACAAACUGUCUAAUGUAUUUGUAUUUUUACUGAGAAAAAUAAAAUAAAAUAAAAAAAUUGUAAAUGUUUAAAAUGCCACACAAAUUCAAUAAAGAUUAAAAAAAAGUGACCGGAAUAAAACAAAACAA